AUGAAAGCUACUUUAAUUCUUAUCUCUUUAAUAUCUUUAGUGAGCAUUUUUACUCUAGUCUCAUUUGAAACUCAUAAAGAUCUUAAAUAAGAUGAUUCUAAGUAAGAUGGAUGCUUAGUCACUUAUGUUGAUUUUAGCACAAUAGAUGUUCUUGCUAUGAAUGAGUGUAGUCAAAGUUAUAAAUUUAAAUUUACUCUUACUUUCCCUUCUCAAACUUUAGAUUUGGAAACUGAUUGCAUUUAUGAAGGAAAAAAUCAAAUCUUCAGUCUUGAUGAAGUUAAAAACUUUAGACUCAUUAAUAUGAAAGUAACCGAAAAAUAAGAAUGCUGA